AUGGAAAGGGAAGCCAGGGCGAAAGCAGAUGAGAAUGUAGCAAAGAAGAUUCGCAGUCUGAAGGAAGCAGUUAGAAGCAUCCAACCCCACAAGGGAUGUGAAGGACUAGAGUACAAGGAUCUGUGUAUUCAUCCUGACAUCGAGUUACCUACUGGAUAUAAAGUACCAAAAUUUGAUAUGUUUGAUGGAAAAGUAAAUCCUCGGGCUCACUUGAGAUCGUACUGUGACAACCUUGUGGGAGUAGGAAAAGAUCAAGCCAUCAGUAUGAAGCUUUUUAUAAGGUGUUUGAUGGGAGAAGCGCUCGAUUGGUACACAUGCCAAGACCCGCAGAAAUGGCAUAGUUGGGGAGAGAUGGCACAAGAGUUUAUGGAUAGGUUCAGGUUCAACAUUGAGACUGUCCCAUACCGAUUCUAUUUGAUGAAGUUAGAAAGGAAGUCGAUAGAAACUUUCAGAGAGUAUGAUAUGCGCUGGAAAGCGAAAGCCGCAAAAGUGCAGCCCCCAAUGGCGGAAAGUGAGAUGACAACGCUCUUUGUACAGCCUUUAAAAGAUGCCACAUACUAUGAAAGACUGAUAAGUGUCAUCGGACAAAAGUAUUCUGAAGUCAUUAAAAUGGGAGAUUUCAUAGAAGAAGGAAUCAAGAUAGGAAAAGUCACAAAUCUGGCGGCCUUGCAAGAAAUAAGUAAGUCUGAUGAAAAGGACAAAGCAAAGGGAAAAUUUAUUGUAGAGAUUGUUGCUACUGGAUUGACUAGAUCUGGCCGGUGUUAUGCCCCCGAGAAAGUAGCACGAGCAACACCAAGCAAAGAAAAUGGCCAAAAGAAGGCUGUGACUGAGGCUGAAGUUGAAGAAUUCUGGAGGAAAAUGACGACUAAGGAAUAUUCUCUGGUUGAACAACUAAAGAAAACACUAGCCCAAAUUUCUUUAUUGGCAUUGUUGAUAAGUUCUUAA